ACAAUGAAGAGGCUUCUGUUUUUAUUCCUUGUGCUGGCCUGCUGUACAGCUGUGUGCCAAGAUCUUGCUGGCAAAACUCUUACCUUCCCGGUGGAGUCCAACACUGCAUAUGUGAAGCUCACACCAGCUGUGAACAAGAUCUUCUUCACUGCAACGGUCUGCCUCAGGUUCUUCUCAGAUCUCAGCAGAGAGCAGAGUCUGUUCUCUCUGUCCACCCCUUCCCAUGACAAUGGCCUUCUGCUCUAUAAAAAACCAAAGGGUGCAUAUGAUUUAUGGGUUGCCAAUCAGUUCAUAACCCUUUUGGGGUUGCCAGAUGAGCUGAAUGAGUGGAACUCCCUCUGUGGGACCUGGGACUCAGGCACUGGGCUGGGCCAGCUGUGGGUGAAUGGUAAGCGCAGUGCCAGGAAGGCUCUAAGUGCUGGGGGAUCCAUAGCAGGAACUCCAUCCAUAAUCCUUGGCCAAGAGCAGGACUCCUACGGUGGCGGCUUUGACAAAGCACAGUCUUUUGUUGGGGAGAUCACAGAUGUGCACAUGUGGGACUACGUGCUCCAUCCCCAUAUAAUCCAGGGUUUUAUGAAUUAUGUGAGUUUUACCCCAGGGAAUGUGCUCAGCUGGAGGGCGCUGGAGUAUACCAGGCAAGGGUACGUGGUUGUGGAAGACAGCCAGAUUGCUGUCAUGGGGAUUUACAACACAACAACACCCUAUGACUUUUGA